UGGCGCUGGGGUUGGCUGAAAGAGGCGGCCAGUCGAGGUUUAAUGUCCGCCAUGUUGGCCGUGGCGUAUUGAGCGGAGCCGGAGCGGCGGAGGAGAGGAGCCAGCGCCCAGCCCAGCCGCGCCAGCCGGCGCCGCCGGGCCCCGUGUCGGAGUGCGCCCCGCCCUGCCGGGGGAGCCCCGGUCCCUCCAUGAGAGCGCUCGGCGGGGUCCGGCUCUCAGCUCGGAGCGCUCUUGCUGUCGCCCCCCCCUCCCCAGCCGGAGCCGCCAUCGCUGCCUAACAUGAGCAAACUGUCGUUCCGGGCCCGGGCGCUGGACGCGUCCAAGCCGCUGCCCGUCUUCCGCUGCGAGGACCUGCCCGACUUGGCCGAAUAUGCCUCCAUUAACCGGGCCGUGCCGCAGAUGCCCACGGGCAUGGAGAAGGAAGAGGAGUCGGAACAUCAUCUCCAACGGGCUAUCUCAGCACAACAGGUAUAUGGAGAGAAGAGGGAUAACAUGGUUAUACCAGUUCCAGAAGCAGAAAGUAAUAUUGCAUACUAUGAAUCCAUCUAUCCUGGAGAAUUUAAAAUGCCAAAGCAGCUGAUUCACAUACAGCCUUUUAGUUUGGAUGCUGAGCAGCCGGAUUAUGACUUGGAUUCAGAAGAUGAGAUCUUUGUGAAUAAGUUGAAGAAAAGAAUGGACAUCUCUCCUUUGCAAUUUGAGGAGAUGAUAGACAGACUAGAAAAGGGCAGCGGUCAGCAGCCAGUCAGCCUGCAAGAGGCCAAGCUGUUGCUGAAGGAAGAUGAUGAAUUGAUCAGAGAAGUGUAUGAGUACUGGAUUAAAAAGAGGAAAAACUGUCGAGGUCCCUCUCUUAUCCCAGCAGUGAAACAAGAGAAGCGAGAUGGUUCCAGCACAAAUGACCCUUAUGUUGCUUUUAGAAGACGAACAGAAAAGAUGCAGACACGAAAAAAUCGAAAAAAUGAUGAAGCAUCUUAUGAGAAGAUGCUUAAGCUGCGCAGAGAUCUGAGUCGAGCAGUAACCAUCCUUGAGAUGAUAAAGAGGAGGGAAAAAAGCAAAAGAGAAUUGCUGCAUUUAACACUGGAAAUUAUGGAAAAGAGGUAUAAUUUGGGUGACUACAGUGGAGAGAUCGUGUCUGAGGUUAUGGCACAGCGGCAGCCAAUUAAACCUACCUAUGCUAUUCCCAUCAUUCCUGUGACUAACAGCAGUCCCUUCAAACACCAAGAAGCUAUGGAACUGAAAGAAUAUAAAGUUAAACAAGAUAAACCUGAUGUUAUUAGACCCAAAAGAAAGUAUGAGAAGAAACCAAAAGUCUUACCUUCAUCUGCUGCUGCUGCUUCUCAACAGACAAGUCCUGCUGCACUGCCAGUCUUUAAUGCUAAAGAUCUGAAUCAGUAUGAUUUCCCUAGCUCAGAUGAAGAACCUCUUUCCCAGGUUUUGUCUGGUUCUUCAGAAGCUGAGGAAGAAAAUGAUCCUGAUGGUCCUUUUGCCUUCCGGAGGAAAGCAGGCUGUCAGUAUUAUGCUCCUCAUUUAGAUCAACCGGGCAACUGGCCAUGGAGUAGCCCUACGGAGGGAAGAUUAGGAGAUGUGCGUUACCGAUACUGCUUAACCACCCUCACUGUACCCCAGAGGUGUGUUGGGUUUGCACGAAGACGGGUCGGCCGUGGUGGAAGGGUGCUACUAGACAGAGCGCAUUCGGACUAUGAUAAUACAUUUCAUCAGCUGGAUUUGGAAAUGCUUUCCUCAUCACAACACUCUUCAAUCAGUCAAUUUGCCAAUACCUCAGAAACAAAUACCUCGGACAAAUCUUUCUCAAAAGACCUCAGUCAGAUACUGGUCAAUAUCAAAUCAUGUAGAUGGCGGCAUUUUAGGCCUCGGACACCAUCCCUACAUGACAGUGACAAUGAUGAACUCUCCUGUAGGAAAUUAUACAGGGGUGUAAAUCGAACAGGCACAGCACAACCCGGGACCCAGACUUGCAGUACCUCUAUACAAAGUAAAAGUAGCAGUGGUUCAGCACAUUUUGAAAGUGAAACAUCUUUGGGCCUGGUGCAUCAAAUACUAAAUCACAAUGAUGGCUCUAAGUCUCUCCAAUCUUCUGAAUUCACUGCAUUUACAGCCGAACAAUACCAGCAACAUCAACAGCAACUGGCACUAAUGCAGAAACAGCAGCUUGCACAAAUUCAUCAGCAGCAAGCAAAUAGUAAUUCCUCUGCCAACACAUCACAGAACCUUGAAACUAACCAACAGGAAAGUGGCUUUCGCCUGAAUCUACAUCAUAGCCAUUCUGUAAAGUGUUUAGAAGGGACACUGCAGGGUUUUGUUUCCAAGACACUGGAUUCUGUUAGUGCGCAAUUUGCUGCUUCAGCUUUGGUUACAUCAGAACAACUGAUGGGAUUCAAAAUGAAGGAUGAUGUGGUGCUUGGAAUUGGGGUGAAUGGCAUUCUUCAAGCCUCAGGAGUGUACAAGGGCUUACACCUCAGUAGUACUACACCUACAGCACUUGUCCAUACAAGUUCAUCAUCAACAGCAGGUUCAGCCUUGUUACAGCCUUCAAGUAUAACGCAGACUUCAAGUUCCCACAGUGCACUGAGUCACCAAGUAACUGCUGCCAACUCUGCAACAACUCAGGUUCUGAUUGGGAACAACAUUCGAUUAACUGUACCCUCAUCAGUUGCCACUGUAAACUCUAUUACCACACUCAAUGCACGACAUAUACCUAGGACUUUAAGUGCUGUUCCAUCAUCUGCCUUAAAGCUGGCUGCAGCAACAAAUUGUCAGGUGCCCAAGGUUCCAGCUUCAUCCUCUGUGGAUGCAGUACCAAGGGAGAACCAUGAAACGGAGAAGCCAGCACUGAACAACAUAGCGGACAAUACAGUAGCAAUGGAGGUGACGUAGUUUCUGUGGGAGUGAAACUGCAGCCUUGGGAACUUGUUUAGGUGCUAUGCAUCAGUAGCAUUUUGAAUGCAAGGGAUGAUGGAAUGCCGCACAUUGCGUUUCCAUGGCAGCUGUGGGGACUUGACAGCAAUGCACAUCUCUCAUGCUUUGGUUUUUCUUUUCUUACUGUUAAUAGGAAAGAAUCAACAUCUGUAAAUUAACAAUACAGCAAUUAUCUGUACAGUACUGCAUAUUUGUAAUACCCUUGUAUAUAUGUUACUUGAAUACAAAACUGUUCAUUUGUGAUGCUUUGCACUUGGGGUGGGGGGAGGGAGGGAAACAAACUGCAACAAAGUAAGAGUGUGAGAUGUGAGAUUGUAUAGAGAUGAAAAAGUGUCAUCACAUCAUGUGCAUGGUGCGGAACCUGCUGUUUUAUCUAUUUAUUGUGCCGUGUUUACAGUUUUUUGUACACUGUACCUUCAUUGGUUCCUGUGCUGUAGUAAAUGUGUUAGGUA